GCUUGACCAUGCUUAUUUGCUUUCAGUUUCUUGUCCUUUACCAAAAGGUCCGGGGAAGCUCCGCGAAAGCGCCGCCGUCAAAGGAAACAAGAGCCUCCGACUCGAUUUCACUCCGACCUGAUAUGCAAACAAAUGCCAAGAGAGCUGCUUGGCCCGCCUUAUAAGACAUCACGUGGACCGAAGGAGCGCCGAAGCCGGUAUUGACGUCCUCCACUGCUAUUGUAUCUGAUGUUCUUUGUUAAUUAUGGCCUUACGUACAAGCCUUAAUUAAGCCUUAUACCGCUAGACUAUGACUAUUCUUGCUUAAGAGCCAUAAUGACAUGGGACGUGAUCAAAAUGGUUCGAGCGGAGUAGCGGUGGGAAUAUUGGGGUAUAUGCGGGGGGCAGAGCUUGGUUGAUCACGAUCCUACCUUAUCACCAUGGGACGACUAGACCAGGCAUUGUAAAUACGGGUGUAUAUAUAAGUUCCAGAGUAACACCACAGCACACAGAAAAGAUGAUCCUCUGCGUCGGGUUACAACUUCCACGUGGAGAUUGGCAUUUUAAGACAACCUCCCAGCCUAGUACCUGGUAUAUUCGACCAGAAUGGCAAGCCUUCUGUCGCUUAUUACGGUGGCGACGGCCGUCUCAGCUGCCGCUAUCGUACGACGAGACUAUCCGACUGACGGCCCUCUUACUUCCUGCCCAGGGUAUACCGCUUCGAAUGUUGUUAGCACGGCGUCGGGAUUGACGGCGGAUUUAAAGCUGGCCGGCGAGGCAUGCAAUGUGUACGGGACGGAUCUAAAUGACUUGACUCUCGAGGUCUCAUAUGACACCGAGACGAGACUCCACGUCAAGAUCCAAGAUGCUGCUAAUAACGUCUAUCAAAUUCCCGAGUCCGUUUUCCCUCGGCCAGAAGCCAAGGGCUCCGAAGAAGCGCUGUCGGCAUUGAAGUUCGACUACACAGAAAGCCCAUUCUCCUUCUCCGUGUCUCGCUCGGACUCGGGCGAGGUCCUCUUUGACACAUCGGCUGCCAACAUAGUGUUCGAGUCGCAGUACCUGCGUCUAAGAACAAAGUUACCCGAAAACCCGAGUCUGUAUGGCCUCGGCGAGCAUUCAGACCCUUUUAUGCUGAACACGACUGACUAUAUCCGCACAUUUUGGUCACAGGAUUCAUUCGGCGUUCCCGAAGGCGCGAAUCUAUACGGGAACCAUCCCGUGUAUUACGAGCAUCGAGAAUCGGGUACUCAUGGCGUGUUCUUCUUGAACUCCAACGGUAUGGAUAUUUUAAUUAAUAACACAGCUGAAUCCGGACAGUAUCUUGAAUACAACACCCUUGGUGGAGUGUUGGACUUCUAUUUCGUCUCAGGCCCGAGCCCGGUCCAAGUUGCGCAGCAGUAUGCUGAAAUCGUGGGCCGACCCGUGAUGCAGCCGUACUGGGGACUCGGGUUCCAGAACUGCCGAUACGGAUAUCAGGACAUUUUCGAAGUGGCCGAGGUAGUCUACAAUUACAGCCAAGCCGGCAUCCCGCUCGAGACUAUGUGGAAUGAUAUCGACUACAUGUACCGUCGAAGAGUAUUCUCCUUGGACCCGGAAAGAUACCCUCUGCACAUGACACGCGAAUUAGUUGACUACCUACACGCGCAUGACCAACAUUAUGUCGUUAUGGUGGAUCCCGCCGUGGCCUACCAGGACUUCCCAACUGCUUUCCAACGCGGUGUUGAAGAUAACAUAUUUAUGCUUCGCGAGAACGGAACCGUGUGGAAGGGCGUUGUCUGGCCCGGAGUUACGGCCUUCCCUGACUGGUUCUCUCCUAAUAUUUCCAAGUAUUGGAACAACGAGUUUUCUCUCUUCUUCUCUCCUGAGAACGGAGUAGAUAUCGAUGCCCUCUGGAUUGAUAUGAACGAACCUUCCAACUUCCCCUGCUUCUUCCCUUGUGAUAACCCUGACGCUUCUGCUGUGGGAUACCCGCCCGACCCACCUCCUGUCCGAACUCCUCCUCGGCCUUUACCCGGCUUUUCUUGCGACUUCCAGCCCGAAGGGACUGGCUGUAACAAGACUGAAGUAAAUUCCCUGGAAAUCCGUGAUGGUACGCCCCCAGCACACUUCGACAGCCUCUUUCUCUCGCCGGUACAGACAGAGGGUAAGCAACUUGGACUACCAGACCGUGAUCUUCUCUUCCCGAAGUACGCGAUCCACAACAAGGCCGCGAACACCGAUAGCGCGAAUGCAGCUGAGGGUGGUAUCUCCAACAAGACGGUUAACACUGAUCUGGUUCACCAGAAUGGCCUAACCAUGUACGACACGCAUAAUUUGUAUGGCACCAUGAUGUCUAUUGCAUCUCACGAGGCUAUGCUCCACCGACGUCCUACCGUGAGGCCCAUGAUCAUCACCCGCUCGACGUUUGCCGGGGCCGGCACUAAAGUCGGGCACUGGCUAGGAGACAACGUAUCAACGUGGCACCAUUAUCGACUCGCUAUUAGGAGCAUGAUGGCCUUCGCUUCUGUGUAUCAGAUCCCAAUGGUAGGCGCCGAUACAUGCGGAUUCGACGGCAACACCACCGAGCAGCUCUGUUCGCGCUGGGCCGCUCUCGGCGCAUUCGCACCAUUCUUCCGUGUACACAACGGCCUCGAAGCCAUUUCCCAAGAGCUAUACCGCUGGGAGACCACAACGCAGGCUGCGCGCAAGUUCAUCGAUAUCCGCUAUCGCCUGCUCGACUACAUGUACACGGCGCUGCAUGUUCAGACCCUUGAUGGUACACCCAUGGUCAACCCGCUAUUCUUCCUCUACCCGCAAGACAAGAACACAUAUCCAAUCGACCUCCAGUACUUCCUCGGCCCGGGCCUACUUGUCGCUCCCGUGACCGAGGAGAAUAGCACUAGCGUUGAUGUGUACCUCCCCGACGAUAUCUUUUACGAUUUCUUCACGCACGAGCGCAUCGUGGGCGAGGGAAAGGCCAUUACCGUCACGGACCAGGAGUGGUCAGAUCUACCGCUAUACCUGCGCGGCGGCGUAAUCAUUCCCUUGCGCACCGAGUCCGCCAUGACGACCGCCGAGGUACGCACCAAGCCCUUCGAGAUCCUAGUCCCUAUAGGCAAGGACGGCAAGGCAAGCGGCCGCUUAUACCUCGACGACGGCGUAAGUAUCGAGCAGCCCACCACGAGCGAUAUCUCGUUCGAGUACGCAGACGGCGUGCUGACCGUCAACGGCACGUUUGGGUACAAGCCGGACGAGCUGAGAAUAAGCAAAGUUACGUUCUUGGGAAUUGGAGGUGGGGAUUCUGGUACUGGCAAGCGCAAGAAGCGCGCUGCGAAGGACGUGGUUACGGUGGAUGUCGAUAGGACGCUUAAGGAGGCGUUUACUGUUGAGGUUGAGGAAGCUUAAAUAAAAUACCUGGCAAAAGGAAAACGGGGGGAUGAAAAUAUAUUAGGAAAUACGUACAAAGUCUACUUAUUUUUAAUGUAUAAAUAAAAAUACAUCGUUUAACUAA